AAACGAAAACAAUCCCGUCUCUCCAUCGCCUAAAAGGAGACAGAACACCCGCCUUCUCCGUCUCCUCCCUUCCACGCCCUCCGUCCCCGCCUCCGAUCAUAUCCGAAACCCUAGAGAAGUGAGGAAUCCUGGAAUGGCUCCAUGAUCCCACAUUACUCUAAUCCUUGACUUGAAGAUGGAUCAGGAGAAUUAAUUAUUAAUAUGAGAGCUGGGUGCAGAGAUGAGGCAUGCUAGGUUCUUUUGAUCACUUGCAUUUCAGAGGAUUAGAUGCCUCACGGCCCUAACCCCAUUGACCAUCCUCUACGAGAUUACGCGAUCGCGUUGAGUCCUGUUCAUCCCUAUCGACAUGCUGGAGACCGUCCAUGAGAUCGCCAUUUACAUUCAUCGCUUCCAUAACCUCGAUCUCUUUCAGCAGGGAUGGUAUCAAAUAAAGAUAAGUGCGAUGAGAGAAGAUUCUGCCCUGCAUUCUUAUGGGACUCCAUCUAGAGUUAUUCAAUACGAAGCCCCAAAUAUAGUACCAGACAAUAUAUUUCCUGUUUGGAGGAUUGAUGAUACAGAGCACAGCUUCAGCACCCAGUCAUUCAUAGUUAAAUAUUCUAGACAGGAUGUUCAUCUAUCGGUCAUGGUGUCUUUUAACUUUGCAAUAGGGAAAGAUGAGAGACCGCUAAACACUGCAAUAGUUUUGAAGUUUGAACUUAUGUAUGCUCCAUUAUUGGAAAAUUGUCAAGAUAUUCAAGCCCCUUUAGUUAUGCUUCCAACUUCAGUCCAUGAAUUCAGAAUCCCUCCUAAGGCACUUCUUGGUCUUCAUGCAUAUUGUCCUGUUCAUUUUGAUGCUUUUAACUCAGUGCUUAUUGAUUUAAGUAUCCAUAUUGUUUUCCUGAAAUCUGCUACCAGCAUACGUGAGAAGGUGCCAAGCAAGUCUCCAAAGGUGGACACACUUGCUCAAGAAUGUUACGAUGAAGCUGAUCAGUUAUUAGGUCAUGGUUGGUGCUCAAUAGCCAUUGAGACUGUGAAGUCCCUGUUUGUUUCUCGUGAGAUGAUUUUGGAAGAAAUGAAAAACUUGAGCAGCACAAUAGGUCAACCUAUUGAUGAUUUUCAUGAUGCUGACCUGAAUCUUGGUAGAUUUGAGUUUGUUGGCUCUUCAUUGAAAACUGAUUUAUCUACCGGUGAUGGGGGCCUUUAUAGGUCAAAGAUGGGUGUUGGACAUUUGGCUGGGAUGCUACAAAAUAUUUUGGAGAAAUCAGACAAUACAGCUGAUUUUGGAAAUGAUGUCAAGCUCUGCUCUCUGUCAAAGGAAGAACUGUUGAGUGUAUGUUUCACUUUGGGUAGCCAUCUGUCUUUCCUAUGGAGUACGUUUUUGAAAUUCCAUAGGAAAAAUAGAUUUUCCAUACUUGAACAUCUCCAUGAUACUUGGGCUAUGGGACGCAAGGCUGAAUGGUCGAUAUGGAUGGUUCAUCUGAAAACUCAAGUUCCCCACCGUUACUUGAAAAGUGGAGCUGAUGAUUCUUCUCACCAUAAUGGACCUGGAAAUGUUGGUCCAAGAAAGUCCAGUGAUGAACCAACUCAAAUUGCAGUGGCACGUGCGGAACUUCACCGGAAAAGUAUCAACCAAAUGAAAAUCAAUGGCCUAUAUAUUCAAGACAUGCAAAUUUUUCGUGAUCCUUCACGAGUACCUGUUGUUCUUGUAGAACAGCAUGUUAUUAACUUUCCCAACAAUUCAUCACAGCUUUCUUUGGAUCAGAAUGAUGCCACAGUAACUGAGGAAGAAAAUUUAGUGCCCAAGUUCAGCAUGGGAAAUAAGAGCAGCCAUAUACUACAUGCAGUUGUCUUUGUCCAUGGUUUUCAGGGGCACCAUCUGGACUUACGACUUGUUCGGAAUCAAUGGCUUUUGCUAGAUCCUAGAGCUGAAUGUCUCAUGUCAGAAGCUAAUGAAGAGAAGACUACAGGAGAUUUUAGAGAAAUGGGCAAUAGGUUAGCUACAGAAGUGAUUCUCUUCCUUAGAAAGAAGAUGGAUAAGCUUUCAAGAUAUGGAGGCUGUAAAGGCAUAAAGCUUAGUUUUGUUGGACAUUCUAUUGGAAACAUUAUCAUAAGAAGCGCCUUAACACAGAGUAUAAUGGAACCAUUUCUAAAGCACCUGCAAACGUAUAUGUCGAUAUCUGGACCACAUUUAGGGUACUUGUAUAGCUCAAACUCUUUGUUCAAUUCAGGAAUGUGGCUUCUGAAGAAACUAAAGGGUGCCCAAUGCAUUCAUCAAUUGACUUCUACUGAUGAUCCAGAUCUCCAGAAUACCUUCUUUUACAAGCUUUCUAUGAAGAAGACACUGGAAUAUUUCAAGAACAUCAUCCUCCUGUCCUCCCCACAGGAUGGUUACGUUCCUUAUCAUUCUGCCAGAAUUGAAUUGUGCCCGGCAGCCUCCUUGGAUCAAUCAAAGAAGGCACAUAUUUUCAUGGAAAUGCUCAACAAUUGCUUGGAUCAGAUACGCGCUCCCUCCCAUGAAAGGCGAGUGUUUAUGCGGUGUGAUGUGAAUUUUGACACAUCUUCUCAAGCAAAAAACUUGAACACCUACAUUGGCCGUGCUGCACACAUAGAAUUUCUUGAGUCUGACAUAUUUGCAAAAUUCAUCAUGUGGUCUUUCCCGGAGUACUUUCUUUGACAAACUCUCCUUUAGCCAACCAUUUCCAUGCAACUUUCUGUUAGCCUACUUUGCAAGUGUCAACUGUCAAGCUGAAAUGGAACCUACACGAGCAUGUUGAAAAUUAUCCGGAGCUAUUCCUUUUCCUCCCUUGAUUACAAUUAUUUGGGACUUUCUAAUAGAUGUAUUUGUCUUUAUAAUUAUGUCCAUGAUGUGACACGGUCAAUUGCUGUGUUGAUCAAAUUUUAUGUACCUUACUCUCUCGAUAACAUUAUUAAAACAUUACAAGCAUAG